AAUAUAUAUUUUCUUAGAAGGUGAAGGAAAAAAACCAAUUAACUAGUAUUGGUUUUAUUUUUAAAACUAUGAAUUCAAGUCCGAGUUGAAGUGAAAUAGAAAUUCAAAAUAAGUAUGCAAUAUAAUUGUAAAAAAAAAAAAAUUGGAAUAACCUGUCAAAGAAAAUAAAAAUCAAAAGUCCAUCCCCAGUUAACCUUAUUUUCCUCUGUUCCUAGUAAUAUUUAAAAAUCCAUCCACCAUCACCACUGCCAUUAAAUAAAAUCUGACAGCCAUCCCUUCCAAACCCCAAAUAACACAUCGUUUCUAAUUUCUAAAGUUUUCAAGACUUCAGACUUCCUAUAAUUCCUAGUUUCUUUGCACCACCUACACAGGCCCAAGAAGAGCUUAUCAUUGUGAGUAGAAAAUGGUUGACAGACACCAGCACUCAUCUGUCGUGCAAAAGGUGGCCAGACAGGUCCAUCUCUGUUCUAGCCUAUCCCAUGAUGCUCUACGCGGAUCAUCAUAUGGAGGCUUAGAAAAGCCUGCUCAGUUUGCCUACGGAAAUUACUACAAUGCAGGUUUGCAGUCCCCCAUGACACGGGCACAAGUGCUUGUCCAAGCUCCAUCAGAGAAAGGCCUCGCUAGCUUCGCUGUAGAUUUUCUCAUGGGUGGAGUUUCUGCAGCUGUGUCUAAAUCUGCUGCAGCUCCCAUCGAGCGUGUGAAGCUCUUGAUCCAAAACCAAAAUGAGAUGAUCAAGGCUGGUCGACUCUCUGAACCCUACAAGGGAAUUGGAGACUGUUUCAGCAGAACAAUCAAAGAAGAGGGCUUUCUGUCAUUGUGGAGAGGGAACACAACUAAUGUCAUCCGUUAUUUCCCCACUCAGGCCUUCAACUUUGCAUUCAAAGAUUACUUUAAGAGUCUCUUCAACUACAACAAGGACCGUGAUGGCUACUGGAAGUGGUUUGCUGGUAACUUGGCCUCAGGCGGUGCUGCUGGUGCUUCUUCCUCGCUUUUUGUCUACUCCUUGGAUUACGCUAGAACCCGUCUAGCAAACGAUGCCAAGGCUACAAAGAACGGAGGUGAAAGGCAAUUCAAUGGCUUGAUUGAUGUGUACAGAAAGACACUGAAAUCAGAUGGUAUUGCUGGACUUUACCGUGGAUUUAACGUUUCAUGGGUUGGAAUCAUCAUAUACCGUGGUCUAUAUUUUGGAAUGUAUGAUUCUUUGAAACCAGUAGUCCUGACAGGAAACCUGCAGGGUAGUUUCUUGGCUAGCUUUGCCCUUGGUUGGGCUGUCACAACUGGUGCCAGUCUUGCGGCCUAUCCAUUAGACACUGUGCGCAGAAGAAUGAUGAUGACUUCGGGCGAAGCUGUCAAGUACAAGAACUCAUUCGAUGCAUUUUCUCAGAUACUUAAGCAGGAGGGUGCCAAAUCUCUGUUCAAGGGUGCUGGUGCAAACAUCCUCCGUGCAGUUGCUGGCGCCGGUGUCCUUGCUGGAUAUGACAAGCUUCAGGUGAUUGUGCUCGGGAAGAAGUAUGGUUCUGGCGGGGCCUGAUUCAUUAGAAUCGGCACUCUUCUCCACCACCUUACGUAGUCUUCAAUUUGGAUUCUCAAAGAUACAAAGAUGAUGAUGGAAAAUUUGCACGUCUGAUUAGAUAUAUUUAGUUGGAGUGAUUCUUAUGUAAUUUAGUCUGCAGGGUUAAACGUUAUUCGAGUUCUCUACGAUUUUUUUUUUUUUUGAGAAAUUGAUUAUAUACA